CCAGGUCUAGGAGACGCGUGGGGACAGCCGAGCCGCACGGGGCCCCUGGACAGUGUCGCCAAGGAGCUGGGGUCGCACUUGCUGCAGACCUUGGACGGCUUUGUUUUUGUGGUGGCGUCCGAUGGCAAAAUCAUGUACAUUUCGGAAACAGCCUCCGUCCAUCUGGGCCUGUCCCAGGUGGAGCUCACGGGCAACAGCAUCUAUGAGUACAUCCACCCGUCCGACCAUCCUUCAAUGACAGCUGCCGUGUCUGGCCAUCUGACCCGGCUCCUGCUUUCAGAGUACGAGAUAGAGCGGUCCUUCUUCCUUCGCAUGAAGUGCGUCCUGGCGAAGAGGAACGCGGGCCUGACGUGCAGCGGAUACAAGGUCAUCCACUGCAGUGGCUACUUGAAGAUCAGGCAGUACAUGCUGGACAUGUCCCUGUACGAGUCCUGCUACCAGGUCGUGGGGCUGGUGGCCGUGGGCCAGUCGCUGCCUCCCAGCGCCGUCACCGAGGUCAAGCUGCACAGCAACAUGUUCAUGUUCCGGGCCAGCCUCGACCUGAAGCUCAUCUUCCUGGACUCCAGAGUGACCGAGCUGACGGGGUACGAGCCGCAGGACCUGAUCGAGAAGACCCUGUACCACCACGUGCACGGCUGCGACGCCUUCCACCUCCGCUACGCGCACCAUCUCCUGCUGGUGAAGGGCCAGGUCACCACCAAGUACUACCGGCUGCUCUCCAAGCUGGGCGGCUGGGUGUGGGUGCAGAGCUACGCCACCGUCGUGCACAACAGCCGCUCGUCCCGGCCCCACUGCAUCGUGAGUGUCAAUUAUGUCCUCACGGACAUUGAGUACAAGGAGCUGCAGCUGUCCCUGGACCAGGUGUCCACGGCCAAGUCCCAGGACUCCUGGAGGACCGCCCUGUCUACCUCACAAGAAACUAGGAAGUUAGCCAAACCCAAAACCACGAAGAUGAAGACGAAGCUGAGAACAAACCCUUACCCCCCGCAGCAGUUCAGCCCGUUCCCGAUGGACAGACUGGAAUGCGGCCAGCUGGCAAACUGGAGGGCCAGCCCCCCCACGGACACCGCGGCCCCCCCAGAGCAGCAGCUGCACCCCGAAGGCAGCGACCUCCUGUACACCCCGCCCUACAGCCUGCCCUUCUCCUACCGCUACGGACACUGCCCCCUGGACCCCCACGUCUUCAGCAGCAAAAAGCCCGUGCUGCCGGCCAAAUUCGGGCCCCAAGGGUCCCCGUGCGAGGUGGCGCGCUUUUUCCUGAGCGCGCUGCCAGCAGGAGGCGAGUGCCAGUGGCACUAUGCCAACCCCCUGGUGCCUGGCAGCUCAUCUCCAGCUAAAAACCUCUCUGAGCCACCGGUGAACACUGCCCGGCACAGUCUGGUGCCGAACUACGAAGGUGGGUCCCGUGGGCACGAGGGGCGGGGGCGGGGCUGUGGACUGCGGUGGUGGCGGUGGGUGGCGGGUGGAGAAGGACCCUCACAGUUUGGGCACACUUCCCCUUUUUCUACUUCUAAGUAGGGAUCGCUGCGCUUUCCUGCUCUCAAUGCCAGCGCCUCCUGUGAGAGGCUAAAGCCGGGUGACUGGUCCGUGUGCUCAGAGGCACCGGUGACAGUAUAAAGGGCGCAGGAACCCGGAUCAGCCGCCCCUGACAUCCUGGCCUCUGCUUCCUCCGAGGGAGACGAAGUGAUUUUCAAAGGCAGCUUUCACGUCCUGAGAAGGGCUCAGCUGCACGCAUUUUACUUUGUAAAAAUACAUUUUUUUAUUGAUGUCAGAGGGGA